ACCAGGGAAACCCCAUCGCAGCAUUAGAGACACUCUCAGAUGGAGAUUACUGACAGACUGCUGCAGACACACGGAGAAGAAGCUAGCUGUGAAUGUCGCUCCGGGAUUUGCCAACCAAAUGUUUUUGCGAUGCUCGAGUUAAAGUUUGUUUUUAAUGCGGGAUGCACGUCUUUGCAUCUGAAGCCGGGAUUAUAGUUUAGUUUCAUAGUUUCAUGCGUUUUAUCAGCCUCAUUGAGGGUGCAGUAAUUUAUUGUUGAGUAUACUUGCAGCAGAGCAUAUUUAUACUUACUUUAUUGUCUUUUUCGUAAUUUUAGGACAGUUUAUGCUCCCCUUAUCUUAAGUGAGUCUCUGAGAAACAAAUGGACAUUUAUGUAUCUGAAGGAUAGGAAGCUGUAAAAGCGACUUUUAAGGAAGAAACCGACUCGUUCAACUUUGUUUUUUGGGGGGUGUUUUCAUCCUAAUUUUAUCGCUGCAACAUGCUGUCCAGUGUGCGCCGGCACAGCCUCCGCCUGCAGACCGAGCUCCACCGGUGGAGCAUCUGCGACCCGGGCAGCCACCUGCUCACAGACAGCCUCCUGGCCCGCGUCCCCGCCUGCAUAUCUCGCUCCAAGUCCUGCACCAGCUCCACCGGGGAGUCGGACGUGAGCCGCGGGAGCUGGUCGUCCUCAGACUCGGUCAUCUCCACCGACUCGGCCGGAGAGCCGUUAGAACCCGGGGGCCCCUAUCGGGUGGUGCUUUUAGGGGCCAGCGGGGUCGGCAAGACGGCUUUUGCCAGCAUCUUCGCAGGGGCAGCGGACAGCAUGGACAGCGAUGACUGUGAGCUGUGUGGAGAUGAAGUGUGUGAAAAGGAAAUUGAAGUGGACGGAGAGCCUGCAACCAUAACUCUUCUCGACACAUGGGAUGCAGAGACUGAUAACGAAUGGGCUCGGGAGCACUACAUGCAGACAGGUGAUGCCUACCUGUUGCUGUACUCUGUGACCGACAGGGCCUCUUUCCUGCGAGCCUCCGAGCUCCGGAUCACCCUUCGCCGCUUCCGGCCUGCCCAGCACACACCGAUCAUCCUGGUGGGGAACAAAUGUGACCUGGUGCGACGCAGAGAGGUGUCAGUCAGCGAGGGUCGUGCAUGUGCUGCUGUGUUUGACUGCAAGUUCAUCGAAACCUCAGCCGCCAUGCAGCACAACAUCUGGGAGGCUUUCCACGGCAUAGUGCGACAGCUGCGUCUACGCAGAGACUCCAAGGAAGCCAACAAGCGUCGCAGGCACAUAAGCUGUAGUGCACGCCGAGAAAGCCUCCCUAUGAAGGCCAAACGCUUCCUGGACAAGGUGGUGGCAAAGAACAAUCCCAGUGUGGCAUUCUGGCUGAAAUCAAAGUCCUGUCAUGAUCUCUCUGUGCUGUAGGAGCCUGACAGACUCCUGUUUUUUAACCCUGCAACAAACCUUUGAGCAGGUGAACUGGAGAUCAGAGCAUUUGAACAUGGGCUGGAGGGAAGCCUCGUUCUGAAGGGCUAAACGGUUCAAGCCUCAGUACUGUGUUCACACUGAGCCAGCAUGGUGCACAUGAGAGGUGUUUGCAAUGUUUCUGCACCGCCAUCCAUGUGUUGCAGUCUAAAGCAGACAGAGUGGACUGAGCUCAGUUUGUCAGCCUCUGUAAUGGACUGGACAAUCUGCAAAUGAAGCAUCUUGUGUCAUAAAUGUUGGAAGUUAGUGAUCAGUGUCAUAAAUGUUGGAAGUUAGUGAUCAGCUGAUGGAAACUGAGAGAAGGACGUUUUUUGUGUUACAUUAAUAUUAGCCUCUUCUCUCCUGUCUCCUCACUUUCCUUGUCCUUUUGCCAAAUGUGUGGUCUGUCAAUUCCCCAAGUGCUAACAUUACCAGUUGUAAGCUGUUGAUGAUGAAUUAUGAUGAUUUGCAAUGAUCAUUUUGUUGUUACUUUAAAUUUAUUUAUAACUUGUUGUGUUUUGCACUUACUGUAAAUAAAAAACAGAUUGAUAU